CGUGUUAAUAUUAUUAUCAUUAUUAUCUUAGAAUUGCCGAUAUAUAAAACGUGUGAAAGAAAAAUAUAUAUUAUUCUUAACAUUUUUGGCAGGCAUGACUAUGACGAAGGAAGGGUGCACACUGGGUUGGACACAUCACAAGAGUUUCUGUUACCAAUUCAUUGUUCAUCCUGUCCAGUUUGUAACUGCAAAAGAGAUCUGUAGCACAAAAGACGCUCAACUUGUCAGUAUAUGGAACCUCGCCGAGGAAGAUUUUAUUCUGAAGAAAUUAUGGCAGGGAACCGACACAUCUCACCUUUCUUGGGUUGGUUUCACUUUCGACCCGGAAGAUAAAAAACAGAGAUAUAAUUGGAUUGACGGAUCGCUCUCUGACUAUUUUGAUAAAGAUAUGCCGGAGACUAACAUACCCCUGUGUGGCACUAUCAGCGGAACAGGAGAACGGCAGUUCUGGGACUGCGAGGAACGCAUGUCCGCAUUUAUAUGCAAAAAAUCUCUUCAGAUGGCGUAUGUCGUCAGCGAAGUCUUCAAUACCAGCUAUGUUGACAUGUACAGGUCAGAAGAUCCCGAAAGAAUGUUGUUCGAACGUGUAUGGCCACCAAAACUCGAGGAGGUUCCGAAGCAUCUGACACGAAUAGCCACUGCGCAGGUCGCUCAGGAAACCGAUUGCGCUAACCGGUGUUUCCAUGUUGACGAUUGUCGGGGAUUUACAUUGACAUGCGUAUUUGCCUGGAAAUGUAACCAGUUCACUUGCGAUCUGUACCAGCCAGCAAACAAUUAAACCAGCACCUUUUGUGUGCACGUGUGCUAUGUUAUCCGUCCAAGAUCAGUAUAGAAACAAUACAAGGGCGAUAAUGCCUUUAUUUUGUGUGAAUUCCUAGUUUAGUGGUAGCUCUGUUACAUUAUAAUGUAGUUCAUGUAUUAAAUAACAUUGAUAAAUUUAAAAAAUCAGAAGCAAUUUUUUAAUUAGCAUAAUUGUUUACAAGUAAACAUUCCGUUUUUUUUUUGUUUUUUCAUCAUUUACAUAAACUAUUAAUAAUCACUAUGCAUUUAAGAUAUUUCUAUCCUAUUUUGAUUUAGGGAAACUUUUUCAUUUAAUACAAACGCAUACAAGAAGUAUAACGUAGAAACUAUUACAGUAAUCUAAUAACAAAAUGGAGUCGUGGGACUCACGUCAGGGCAUGUGGUCAAUUUUAACUGCUGAACUUAUGUUUGGUUGCCGGGUUUAUUGCACCCUCCCCACUUACGAACAGCUAGAACCAUUUUGAGGCGGGUUUCCUGGUUGUAGCUGGUGACUUCCUCACUGAACAACAUCCAGAGCAAUAAGGUAAGGUUUCUUGCUCAAGAGAAUAAACACAUAGCUGAUGUUAUCGAUGAAUUUGAGACUUAUAUUUCCAAACCAUUCUGAUCUCCCUGGACAAAAUAUAUCCGCCAAAGGUUUAUCAACAGUAUCAACACAGUACCUGUGUUCCCGAUAACUACUCACCCUAUAUAUAUGCAAUUUAUAUAUCCAGUCUUGUUUUAUUUUAAUAAACCAAUUAAAAAGUA